AUGUCAAUCGGAAACGAAGAGAAAAUAGGGCAAUAUAGGCGCCCUCAAGGAUAUUCUCAUCACAAACAUACAAAAUUAGAUAAUUCAAAAUGGAUGUCACAUCUAGAUGAUAAUUUAUUUUUACAUCAGAUCAAUAUAAUUGGAACACAUGAAACAAUGGCAUUCCGAGGUGGAGAUGCAGUUAUAUGCCAAAGAUUACCCCUAAUUAAGCAAUAUAUCGCUGGAAUUCGUUUUGUUGAUAUUCGAUGCAACCAUCAUGAUGAUGAUUUUUAUAUCCAUCAUGGUUUCGUCAGCCAAAAAUCGAUGUUUAUCGAUGUUCUAGAAAUUACAACAAAGUUUCUACAAGAAAAUCCAUCCGAAACAAUUUAUAUGCGCAUAAAGCAUGAGUAUAAGAGAAAAAACAACAAUAAAACAUUUGAGCAGGUAUUUGAUGAACAAAUUGAGAAAUAUAGAAGCUACAUCUGGGAUCCUUCUUCAAAUCCAAAUCCACAAGAUCCGCUUCUAAAAGAAACAAGAGGAAAAAUUGUUGUUGUACAACAAUUUACUACGGAUAAAACGUAUGGUGUUCAAUGGCGUUCUCCUUAUGUAAAUAUUCAAGAUCAAUACCAUUUUAAGCACAAUUGGAAUCUUUUUAAUAAAUGGGAAUUGAUCAAAAAACAUAUUAAUGCAGCGAAUGAUGAUAUUUCAAGUAGCAAUCUCUAUAUAAAUUUCCUUUCUGCGUCUCGAUUGUCUUUUCCUUAUUUUGUAGCUAGUGGACAGUCAAGUCCACAAACUAUUGCACCUCGGCUAUUAACAGGAAUAAUGCUACCUGCAACAAAUUCAAAUUACGAAGAUUUUCCAAGAUUUGGUUGCAGCUGCUAUUCUUUUGUAGGUUUUGAAGGAACAAACAAUUUGGUCAUUAAUUACAUAAAGAAAAAUCCAAAUAUUAAAAAAAUUGGUAUUAUUCUUGCAGAUUUUCCUGGUCCUGAUCUUAUCAAUUUGAUUAUCUCAAUGAAUCAAAUAAAAGACAAGUAA